AUGAUCCGUAAUCAAACCAACUGUGGAUCGUGCUGGGCUUUUGGUGCCGCUGAGGUCAUCUCCGACCGCAUUUGCAUUGUGACAAAGGGAGCCCGACAACCAAUUAUUUCCCCAACGGAUAUGCUUGAUUGCUGUGGGGAAUACUGUGGUUAUGGAUGUGACGGAUGUCCUAAAGCCGUGACCCCGAAAUGCGCUUUGAGCUGUCAAUCCAAAUACAAUACGGAAUACGCAAAAGACAAGAACUUUGGAUCCUCCGCCUACUAUGUUGGCCGGAACUUUUCUGUUAUCCAAACCGAAAUCAUGACUAAUGGACCAGUUGAAGCUUCUUUCACAGUCUAUGAAGACUUCUACAUUUAUAAGAAAGGAGUAUACCAGUACACGGCCGGAGAGGUUCUUGGAGGACACGCCAUCAAGAUUAUCGGAUGGGGAACGGAGAAUGGAACUGAUUACUGA